AUGUACUACGUUGAAAGCCUCAGCGACUCGCCUCAUGUCGAAAGGCGUCGUGUUCGUCAGAUCUCAUUUCCGCCUGCGUACAGAGUGUAUUCAGAUCGGGGUCAUAGAACGUUGAAGACGCUCCGUCUAGUCAACAAGGCAUUUUGCAGGAGCGCCUCAAGAUCGCUCUUUCGAUAUGUGGUCGUGAAGUUGGAUUCGGAUAUGUCGACUGUUGAGAAUCUUGUAGGAUUGAUAGGGGAGUAUGCGCCGCAUGUGCGUGAAAUACAGUUUGAGGUUUAUUAUGAGGGUCAUCUUGCUCCGGCUGAUGAGGAUUUAUGGGAUGAAGCUGGAGAGGAUGAUCCAGAUGAAGAUGAAGACGAAGACGAUCAAGAUGGUCAAGAAGAUGGACAGGAAGAUGGGCAGGAAGAAGGCCAAGACAACCAAGAAGAGGAAGAAGAAGAACCACCAAGCCUGGCAUUAUCAGAAGAGAAUACGGAAUACCUUCGGUUCCUUUUGGCCAAGUUCCCCAAUCUAAAGGCCGUCAGCAUUUACUCCACCGAUAUCGAAGAGGAAGGGUACGAAUAUGAACAGAAAGUAAUAGUUAACCGCAUGUUUCCUCAGAUCCUUCUCGCCAUAGCAAAACUACAACCCCAGACCGUGAUAGAGUGGACGAUACCCAUAGAGUCCCUGACUCAACUAAGAGUCAUGCUCGCUUUCGGCCCAAACUACCCUAUCUUCAGGCAAUUCAUGCAACAGCUCCAACAUCUCAGUCUUAUCACUAUCACAGACAUGAUUAUAAAUGAGCCACUCACUCUUGAAAAUCCAGUACUCAACCACGCAUCCCAACUUCUUUCUCUCGAAGUGAGCGAUAAUUGUGUUUUGAAUCCCCUGGACAGAACCGAGAGCAGUAACCAAACUCUGCAACUCAAAUCCUUGAACCUGAGUUAUAUAGAGAUUGACUCCUUUCACCUUCUGGAUCUGUUGCAGCGAAGCAAGGAGACUAUCAAGUUUCUCUCCUUUGAAUAUGUAAUAUUGCUCGAAGGCUCAUGGCUUCACGUACUCCUCCAGAUGAGGAAAAACCUGAAAUUGCUCGAGCUUUAUUUCAUGAGAGAGAGCUUCAAUGGAUUUGAACAUUCUACCGACGGUUUGUUUUAUGAAAAUAUUCCUCUUCCCCCCUUCUAUAUUUUCCAUGCACUUGGCGAUCUUCAGCGUCAGAUAAAUGCAAACCGGCUCGAGGAAGGGCUGGAGCAGUUUUCAACGGAUAUAUUUGAGCAACUUGAUCUUGAGCCUUUGAGUGCCGUUAUUCCCCGGGUACAAUAUGACGAGUUGAUGUCGCGGAGUUGGGAUUUUGUGGAAGACGGUAAUUUAGCAUGA